AUGGUUGGUGGAAUAGAACAUUAUCCAGAAACCCCAUUACUGCCGGCAACAUUUUCUGGCUCUUCUGAUUCAAAUGUUGUAUACUCAGAUAUUGAGAAAAAAGGUACAAUAUGGACUGCAGCGGCACAUAUUAUAGCAGGGGUUAUAGGGGCAGGGGUACUAUCACUUUCAUGGAGUAUAGCACAAUUAGGAUGGAUAGCUGGUCCAUUGGCUAUUCUACUCUUUGCAGCAGUGAUGCUAUUUGCAACAACCAUACUUUGUGAUUGCUAUAAGUCUCCAGAUUCUGUGCUUGGCCCUACCACAAAUCACUCUUUAUUGGAAGCUGCAGGGUUUUACUUUAGUAAGUUACUGUUCACUGUAUAUCUUUUACCUUCUCAUUAUUGUCUUGUAGUGUUCAGGCCUAGUAGCAGAGCCAGCUAG